UUUUUAGUUUUUUAAUUUUGAUAUUAAUGUAAGGUCGAUACCUUGAUAAUUCGAAUAUAUUAACAAGUAUUCUUGCAACAUACUGACAACAACUAUCAUAAUUUUGCGCUGAAUUAAUUCGCUUUAAAUUCUUACACGGUGUGCACACGAGGAAAAAAACAGAACGCACGUGAGCAGUAAUACAUUCAUAAAAGUGAGCUUUGAAAAAUGUGUUGAGGUGCAUAAGUCAGUCUGCUUAUCGCUUGCAUAAUGUGAAUCUUCGGGUAAAUGAGUGAUAGAGUUGAGGGUCUUUUAGUGUUAUAGAAGAAUUAACUGACAAACCAGAAAAUACGCAUUUCACUUACUCAGUGUUAUUUGAACGGUUACAAUGUCAUAUCACAAUGUAAUAAUAAUUAAGUACUCCAUUAUUUCUAUAUUUAUUUAUAUCCUUCAUUGAAUAAUAGGACUAAUAUGGCAAUAAAAAAAGAUUAGUGAGUCAAAUGUAGUGUCUUGAAAUUCUUCAAAGUGGCAAUUAUCGUGUACCAAUGAAGAAUAGUGUCAUUGUGCUUCGCAGAAAAGAAAAUAGAUUGAAUUAGCAUCUUCAAGAAUAGAUUUAUUAAGGAUAUUAUAUGACAAAAAACGAUCAAUGCAGUCUCAUUAACUUAUAUUUUUGAUAGCGGUAAUAGUGAUCUUGAGACAGUUUGGAUUUAAUUCUGGUGGGGAUGAAAGGAGUAGAGAACUGUCGUCUACCGUUUGGGUACACUCAAGAAUGCCUGCCGCCUGUAUCUUUAAGAAACAUCUCAUCAGUCGUAUUCAGGUACUUGAAGGUUCAACAAGUACUUGAUAACAUAUAAGUUGACAUAAUUUACGAAUGGUGGAUUACUCAGUACGAAAUCUAAGAUGGAACUGCAUUCAAAUCCAAUGUCUCAAAAAAACAAAGGUACCAAGAAGAGGGCUGAAACGAUUCUAGAAGGAACAAAGAUCAAUGUCGACGGCGAUAGCUAUGGAGUAUUUCGUUCAAAUGAUCCAAUUAUUUCGAUGGACAAUUUGGCGACGACGACGAGUCCACAUGCGUCAGAUGCCCAUCAUAUGGGAGCCGAUCAUCCAACAUCGUAUUGCGAAACGAUGAUGCACUUAUUCAAGGGAAAUGUUGGUUCAGGAAUAUUUGCAUUAGGAGAUGCAUUUAAAAAUGCUGGCUUAUUACUGGGUCCACCACUCACGAUUUUUCUGGGCAUCAUCUGUGUUCACGCGCAACAUAUUCUCAUUGAAUGCAAUGAAAUAGCGUCUAAAUAUGUGGGGAGUUCAACAAAAAAAGAUUCAGUUGGAUAUGCCGGAACAGUGGAGAUGUGUUUUGAAAUUGGCCCGCUACGAUUACGAAAGUAUUCUGUAUUGAUGAGGAAGAUAGUGAACCUAUUUAUAUGCAUAACGCAAUUUGGAUUCUGCUGCGUGUAUUUUGUCUUUAUAUCAACAAAUAUGCUUAAGGUUUUAGACCAGUAUGGAUUCCAAAUAAGUGUUCACUGGCACAUGGCCAUUGCUUUAUUGCCGAUUUUGAUGAGCACCUGGAUCAGAAAUCUUAAAUACCUGGCUCCAGUGUCUUCCAUUGCCAAUCUAUUAGUUGUAGGUGGUUAUGUAGCAACUAUAUACCUCAUGUGUCACGAUUUGCCACCAAUGAGUGAACGUAAAUACAUUGCAGAAUGGCAAUCAAUUCCGCUAUUUUUUGGCACGGUUAUUUAUUCUUUUGAAGCAAUCACUCUGGUUUUACCCCUCAAAAAUGAAAUGAGAAAACCAGGAACAUUUAGCAGUCCUUUGGGUGUAUUGAAUGUUGGAAUGAUUUUUGUUGCUGGUAUGUUUGUAGCUAUGGGUUUCUUAGCUUAUCUGAGAUAUGGCGAAAAAAUCGAAGGCUCUGUUACACUUAAUCUUAAUUCAAAAGAAAUAUUACCACAAUGCAUACAGAUAGCAAUAUCUCUGAGUAUUAUGUUUACGUAUGCUCUGCAGUUUUACGUGCCAAUAGCAAUCAUAUGGCCGGAAGUGGUUAAUAGAUAUGGUCCUUUCCGUUAUCCAGUUUUUGUGGAAACAUGUUUCCGUUCGGUUCUAUGCUUGCUUACUUUUACUUUGGCUGAAGUAAUUCCCAACCUCGGUCUUUUUAUAUCUCUCAUCGGUGCACUGAGCAGUACAGCAUUGGCUCUCUUGUUUCCACCGAUAAUUGAAUUAGUUGUUUGCUCACAAAAUGAUACACUUAGCGGUUUUAAACUUACCAAGGACUUAUUUAUGUUACUUAUAGGAUUUUUAGGAUUUCUUACGGGAACUUAUGAGAGUAUGACAGCUAUUAUUCGCGCAUUUAGUACUAAAGAGUAGAAAUUGAAUGAUAAGAGUCUAAUUCUAAAAAAUAUUAAUAAGAUAAGUAAAAAAAAAAACCAAAAAAAAAUUUAGUAAUAACAUACAAAAAAUAUUCUUACUUAUUUUUAUAUAAAGAAGACUAGUCCAUGAAUUUAUCACAGGGAGUUGUUUUAUUUUAUCGACGUUGUUUGAUUUUAAUUUAUAAUCACGUAUCAGUAAUAUCAGAUGUUGAACGUUGAGCAUGAUAAAAUCGAAAAAAUGUUCCAAAUCUAAUUGAUGCUCUAGUUGUUGCUUCGACAAUCAUUUCAUUUCCAUAUUCGGAGGAACCGUCCAUUUUAGCAGGAUGAUCUAAGAAAAAAGAAUAAAAA